UGUUACAGAUAGAUAGAAAGAUAGACAGAGAUGUUGGGUGGAGUGUGACACUGAUUUGCUUACAAGAGGAACAUUGUUUGAUGAGCAAUGGCAUCAUCCUUAAUGUUACCAGCUGCUUCAAUGCUGAGACCAUCUACCACUUCAUCGUCUACUUCACGAAGACUUGCUCUCUUUCACCUUGUCACCACUGGUGCUAUUGCUCUCCCACAAUGUAAGCUGUUUGGUGCAAAAGGAUCAGAUUUGUUAAAAGUAGCAGAGGCUAUUGCUGCGGAAAAUAUAGUCCAGCCAGAGAAAAUUUUGUUUGAUUGGGUUAAGAAUGACAACAGAAGAUUUCUCCAUGUUGUGUACCGUGUUGGGGACUUGGAGAAGACUAUAAAAUUCUACACUGAAUGCCUUGGCAUGAAGCUUUUGAGGAAACGUGAUAUACCUGAAGAUAGAUAUUCUAAUGCUUUUCUUGGAUAUGGGCCCGAAGAUUCUAAUUUUACAGUUGAACUUACUUACAAUUAUGGAGUGGAUAACUAUGACAUUGGAAGUGGCUUUGGUCAUUUUGGUGUUGCAGUUGAAGAUAUUUACAAGAGAGUAGAUCUAAUAAAGGCAAAAGGAGGAAAGGUUACAAGGGAACCAGGGCCUGUUAGAGAUGGCAGUUCGGUAAUUGCUUUCAUUGAAGAUCCUGAUGGUUAUGAGUUUGAACUUUUGGAGAGAAGACCUACAUCUGAACCUCUAUGCCAAGUGAUGCUUCGAGUAGGCGAUCUCGAUCGUGCCAUAGCCUUCUACCAAAAAGCUGUCGGAAUGAAACUUCUCCGCAAGAAGGACAAUCCUGAGGACAAGUACACAGUAGCCUUUUUGGGCUAUGGUCCUGAAGAUAAGAACGCUGUUCUAGAACUAACAUAUAACUAUGGCGUCACUGAUUACGACAAAGGAAAUGGUUACGCUCAGAUUGCAAUAGGCACAAAUGAUGUCUAUAAGACUGCAGAAGCAAUCAAAUUAUGUGGGGGGAAGAUUAUCCGUGAACCUGGGCCCUUGUCUGGUAUCAACACCAAGAUUGUAGCUUGUUUGGACCCUGAUGGUUGGAAAUUGGUAUUUGUUGAUAAUGUUGAUUUUCUGAAGGAAUUAGAGUGACAAUUACAUGGUUCUAGAUUCCAUACAUCUCCACUGAAAUCACACAAGUCUCAAUAAUUUUGUCAACGAAACCUUAGAGCAGUACUGUCAGCUCUUCACCUUUAUAAAGAAGUAACCUCCAAUCGCUGUGAGAGGAAAAGGGAAAGAAAAAAAAAAGGCAUAUAUACAGCAAUCCCAAUGUCAAUCCUAAUAUAUAUUUUUUUCAUAAUGUUACUUUGACACGGCAAUUCAACAUGUACUGGAUACCCUCGAGCCAGAACUGUUUGUCUCCUUUACUUCCACAUUCAAAUUCUAUGGUCCUGUCCGUUGUUUUUAUUCCAAAGUAUGCCCUCUUUUCAUUGGUGUCUUCUCUCUCCCUUCCAGGCCAUGCUGGGAUAUCAUUGCAAAGGCCGGUCACUAUAUCUGCCAUUGUAGGACAUACCAUACCUUAAUAUUGUUAGCAGAGAGUGGCAACUGGCAAGCAUAAAAUAAGUAGGAGCUAUGUAUGAAACACUGCUUACAUUUCUUCUUUUUUGUGAAUGUUCCUCCCAUAUGUUUGCUUUUCAUUUUGACUACAACCUGUUGUCAGUGUGUAUUAGUGCAAAUAACUAUUAAAUGGAGAUAGUGACACAACCAAUAGUUAUGAUUCUCUUUGAUCUGUGAAACGAUUUUCGGAGUUAAAUAGUUUUACAAAAUUUACACUAUUGGCACAGUGCCACUUCUGAUUUCUCAGAAGGCUCCCACCAUUGUGGGAAUCUAGGGAGGAUCAGAUAAAACCAGUCUCAUCGCUUGAGCUGAGAGAUUAUUUGGGCCACCAUCUUUACAAAAAAUGUUCCAUCAAAUAGCAUUGAGAAACUUGCAUUAAACAUGCCAUGAGAAUAUUUUUAGACAUAUCUGAGCUCGUACUUGAUAUGUAAGUGGGAGUCAUUAUUAGAAAAAUAUUGACUGAUUGGAGCCUUGAAAUUCAUGAACAUUAUAGUUAAAAUAUGCUUAUACAUAGAAACAAUGUAUAAUCGAUUGAUAUGAUGAGAUUGUAGGAAGAAAGCCAUGCUUAGUUUCUACUUCUAUUCAUAAUUUUUAAGCUGCUACUGCGUUCAUUUCUUUGCAUUGACAAUGUCCAAUAUUAACUUUUGUUUUCCAAAAUUAGUAAAAUUUUCUGGUCAGCUAUGGUCUUGUAUCAAACUUAGAAAUUAUUGGAGCUCAUGCCCAUGAUUUCUUAAUGAAUAUAUGAAAUCUCUUCUAGCAAUACCUGCAAAUUUGAAUUUAUAUUGAAAGAAACUUGCUUCCAGUGAAGAUCUCCUGUUAAUAACAGUUAAAAUAGCACGGUUAUCGAUGUUAAGAAUGUAAAUUGCUUUGAAAAUCUGAAAUUCUUCUUUUAUUCUUUCCAGUUCUAAUGAAGCCAUUAACGUAAACAUGUUAGUAAACAUACCUUUUCUUGUACGUUUGAGAAGUUCUCCUCCUUUAAAAACAUAGUCCAGUGCUGUCAAGAUGUUUGCUUCUUUGCUUUCGUUACACUUUUCUUCAACUAGAGGAAUGGCAGUUGCUCCAGGCCCCUUUUGCAGCCUUGCCUUUAGCGUAGCAGCUCCUCGCAAGGCUGCCAACCACGCAUUUAGUUCACUAUACUUUGUGUUAAUAUUUGACAAUAUAUGUGAAAUGAAUCCAUGACUUGCAGGUUUUACACCCACUUUCUUUUACCAAUAUGUUGCUCAUUAAGUAUAACUAUUGUUCUUUACAUUUUAGCUUUAGUUAUUUUAUGGAAGAUGAUGACUUGGUGAAAAUGUAGAUUUACAAGAAGAGUAAAAGUGGUUUGAUUUAUGCCUCAUACAUGGAUCCUGCUUAAAUAUCACUACCAAGUGAUGCUGUUUAAAAGCAUAGCUGAGUUUGGUCCGAAAUAGAGAAAUAAGCAUUAAAUUCUGAUACCUGUGGCUGCUCCGGCUGUUAAAGUCAUAAUAUCUCCAUUGGUUUUUGCAUUAAUGGCGGAGUUGACUACUGUUAAGAUUUGGUCAUGUUCAGCUCCCAUAUCUUCUGCAAUCUCAAUGCAGUGAGAGGCUACUAAAGCUGCUGCAGAUGCAAUUGCAGCAGAAGCCAGGGGAGGAGGGGACUUUGGGUUGGAAUAAGGCAUUUCAGGUGAUGCUGUUGAUGCUGCCACCGCCGCAAUAGCAGCAGCAACACCAGCCACAGAUACCGCAGCAUGCAAAUGAGCGUUAUGGGUCCUAAUUUCCUGCUUUUUCCUCUCCUUUUGAUCUUUCAACCACCUACCCAUUGUUCUCCCUCUUAGCAAACUCCUGUAAAGCUGGUGAGCAAUAGUUCGCACCAAUAAAUAAAUAAAUGAAACAAAUACUAACUAAUAUCAGAUUGAUCUGGUAUUUGAGCAUAGUUGAUGAAGGAAAUCAUUAAGUUGAUUGCAACAUACCCCAUUUCUGAGUAUGUUUUGACUGGAAAGGAAUUCUGUACUGAGUGCUUGAUGGAGUAAAAGUAAAUCCUGUACACGACAUAUUGCUAUGUUAGUAAUUUAUACACACUAAAAAUUCACUCCCAGUGCAAAAACAAGGUUUUGUAGAUGUGGCCCGUGAUUGUUUGUAACUGAAAGUUCGCAGCUUUUGGCAAGAGAAAAUCAAAAACAUUUUCACUCGAUGAUGAUUGAAUUGUCUAAAUUUGUACGGAUAGAUAACUGUGAGUGAAGUGAAGUUCGUUUAGACCACAAUAAAAACAGAGAGUCAUGAAAGCUAGCUGAGGCCACAUAACAGGCUUCAAAUUCUUAACUGAAACUGAACAAUGGGCCAAAAUGUUUCUUGUGCAUUUAUGAUCAUGUUUUUUAUCAUAUAAAGUUAAUAUAAUGUACCUUCUUUUCGCUACUGUCACUGGGUGAAAUUGGAGGAUAACAACAGUUAGAUAACUGCACAAAAUUCUUGCAUCAGAAGUUUAGAACCAAUAUGAAGUUAUUAAAUUAUAAAAGCUACAUACAGAAGCAGCAGUAUAAGAUUCUUCUUAAAAUGAAGAAUCCUAGGACCAGAAAAAAGAAAGGUCUAGGUUAUGAAAAAAUUAUUUCCUCUGAAACUCCCUUUUUGGAGGGCCUAGAAUCUCUCCUUUUUCCUUUUUAUUCCACUGCAAGCAUGUGUUGCAUAGAGAUUGAAUAUCUUUUAAGAGAGGUAACAUAGCAUUUGCAUGAUUCCUAUUUGCAUGCUGCAUAACCAACUAAGAAGAAAGUGGCUAAAGGAAGAGUUAAUGGUCUAAUUUAAAUCACUAUUUCAAAUUAAACACAGCCAAUGUUCUUACAUCCUUUGAAGCAGUGGAACUCUUAGUAUCAAAUUGGUGACCUGAAGGGCAAGAAAGUGGCAUAUCUAUACUGGUGGAGAUCGCAAUGUUGGUGCUGUGCAAUGCUUUAGAGAGUUCCAUGGCGGAAAGACUCCAUGAUCUAGCAAGGAACUCCAUAGACUCAGUUGGAGUAUCAGGUGGGGGACAGGAUGAUGCAGUCCAAUCUGCAGGAGCAUUCUCAUCUAUGUUUUCCAGUUGAUGGACUGAGCAUUUAGAGUCAGACGCUGUCGGGCUCACUGAAAUUGAAAAGGAGUUAGGUGCUUUCAUCAGAAUGAAACUUGAUCGUAAGAAUACAAGAAGCUUUAAGUCUUUUUGGUCAUUGUUUCAAGUUUCUAUAUACUCAUGAUAAUUUCUAAUGCCUGAAUGAGAAAAAUCAGUGGUCGGGUUGAAAUGAAGUUUCUUCAUUUAGAAACCAACUAAUGUUACACUCACUUGUAAAACUUAACGUUUCGAUCACUCGGGAUUCAGAAGAUACGGGUGGUGAAAAAUCUCAUGGCAUGAGUGAGAAUUGAAGAAGCUAAGGACAAGAUGCUGAUAGGACAGAUGACCAACAGUGAGAUAUUUAACAAGAAAAUAUGACGUUGUUUCUGAGUGCUUCUAAUUAAGGAAAAUGAAAACAAUGUAAAAGAUUCUUAGUGCUGAACAAAAGGACCCGAUUUAAAGGUCACUCAUUCUUGUCUCCAACUUAAGCUGUUGCUUUUGAUUUCCACCUCUUAGUGGUUCGUGCACAAAUAGUUAAGGACCUGUUUUUAUGGCAGCAGGGUUCAUCAUUACUAGGAUUCUCCUUUGUCACCACUAUCACUUUCUAAAGUAGAGUAAGGGGACCCAUAUGUACGUUUUUUCUUUACUUUGAUAACUUGAUAAACAUCAAAUUAGCAUUGCAAAUUGGAUCCAGGGUACAAGUUUAAUCGUGUUUACA